CGGCGGAAGCUCCGGCCGAGCACCUGACACCAAGAUGGCGGCGGCGGCGCGGCGGGGCGCGGGGCCGGGGCAGGCGGCGCUGCCGCCGGGUGCUGGCGGAGGAGGGGUGGGGGGGGAGGCGGCUCCCGCCCGGGAGCUGGUGCGGCCGUCGGUGACGGAGCUGUGCCAGGUGCGCACCAACAUCCUGUGCACCGUGCCCGGCUGCGCCAAGGUGCUGCCCAACAGCCCCGCGCUCAGCAUGCACCUCAGCAAGGCGCACCGCAUGCAGGAUGGAAAAUUUAAUGCACCCAUAAGGAAAGGGUUGAAAACUCCACAGAAAUUCUACUGCUGUCCUAUUGAAGGCUGCCCUAGAGGACCAAACAGACCAUUUUCCCAAUUUUCUCUUGUGAAACAGCACUUUAUGAAGAUGCAUGCUGAAAAGAAGCACAAAUGUGAUAAAUGUAGUAACUCCUAUGGUACAGAAUGGUAUUUGAAACGGCACAUAGAGGACUGUGGCAAGACUUUCCGGUGUACUUGCGGGUGCCCAUAUGCCAGCAGGCCAGCAUUACUGUCUCAUAUUUACAGAACUGGCCACGAAAUUCCUGCAGAGCACAGGGAUCCUCCUAGUAAGAAAAGGAAAAUGGAAACCUCCGUACAUAAUCAGCAGUUGGCAGAGAAAGCAAAUAAAGCACUCAUCGAUACACAUAAUAGUAAUCCUGGCACUCAGGAAUUGGAGUCAUCUGAAGUGAAACUAGUGGCCUCUUUUGAAGGUUCCUGCAAUUCUAACCUCACGAAGCAAGUACAGCCAAAAUGUACACCGAAGAUGCUUUUGCCAAAGCCCAAGGUGGCUUUGGUUAAACUUCCAGUGAUGCAGCUCGCUCACUUGCCUGUGUAUGUGUCUGCAACAGAUUCUUCUGUCAAACCUGUUGUAGUGGCUGUUGAUAAUCAAGGUUCAGUUUUAAGUACCGUUCACUUAUUGCCUCAGUCUGUAGGAAUUCUGAUUCCAGCACUGGAGGCAGAAACUCUUGUAUUUAAAGACACUAUGCCUGUCUCAAAAGUAACAAAUUCUGGUGAUAAGGAACCAGUAAGCACUGGUGUGCAAGUUGACUUGGACAAGGUUGCACCAAAUAGCCCAGGUCAAGAACCGGGGAAUGUUUGUCAUAAGAGUAACAUUUCUUCAAUAAAUGUACAGACUGACUUAUCUUAUAUUUCACAGAACUUUGUGCCGGCUGCAGCCUGGACUCCCGAUUCUUCUGUGUCUUCUUGCUCUCAGACAGAUCUGUCAUUUAGUUCACAGGUUUCACUACCCAUCAGUGUACAAACACAGACGCUGCUGCCUGCUUCCAAACUGACUUCAUCCAUAGCUGCUCAGACUGAUGAUUUCAGUCAGGUUUGUUUCCCUACAUGUGGCAUUUCUAGAGAGACACAAACCAGUAGAACACAGGACUCCAUUGAUGGAAGAGUGCAAAUGGACCAGGCUGUCAUGUGCAGUGACAUCUUUGACAACGUUCAUUCAUCAUACAAUGUUUCUACUCAGAUUGAGCUUCCAGAAAACAAUUUAAUGACUGCAAAUAUUGAUCAAGCCUUGCUGCAGAGGAGUAAUUGCAAGAGCCUCAAUCAAGAUACAGUCAAGUCUGAAUCCCUUAUCGGCUUUAAUACCCAGACUAAUAUACUUCCACCUCAAAAUACGAUGGAUAAUCAAACGCAGACAAUGGACUUGCUAAGUGAUCUGGAAAAUAUCUUUUCAGGAAACAUGUCUGGCCAGACCCUGGAUAAUCGUGGCCUUUUGUCCGAGACUAGCUCUAAUGCUGACACACAUCUGCCAUCUGGUCCAUCACAGAGCACAGGAAUAGACUUUGACAUUGAGGAGUUCUUUUCAGCAUCCAAUAUCCAAACUCAGACUGAAGAGAGCGAGCUUGGUACCCUAAACUCUGAGCCAGUUUUGGAGUCGCUGGACAUUGAAACUCAGACCGAUUUCUUAUUUUCAGAUAGUGCCACUCAAUCGUAUAGCUGCAGAGGGAAUUCUAACUUCUUAGGUUUGGAGAUGUUUGACACACAGACACAGACAGACUUGAAUUUCUUCUUGGACAGUAAUACCCACCUGCCUUUAGGAAGCAUUCUGAAGCAGUCUAGUUUCUCCAUGAGUACUGACUCAUCGGAUACAGAAACCCAGACAGAAGUAUAUCCUGCCACUAAAAACAUACCUAAUCAGAGCAUAGAAAGCAAAGUCCAGCUCAGUAGUGCUGAAACACAGACUAUGGACAGCUGCUUUGAGAAUCUGGGGAAUUUAUUCCUUACCAGCAACGAGACACAGACAGCAAUGGAUGACUUUCUUCUGGCUGACUUAGCCUGGAAUACAAUGGAGUCCCAGUUCAGUUCGGUAGAAACACAGACCUGUGAAGAGCUGUGCUCCUUGUUUCAGAGCUCUGACAAGCCCAGCCAUUGAGUACUGUUUCACAAAACUGUUUUGUGUGGUUUGAAAUUAAAUUAUUGGGGUGGGAGAGAGAGAGAUUGACCAAGUCACCCAUUUUGCAUUGUUGAAUGUAGUUACUGCGUGCAGUUGGCCUAAGAGACUUCUCAUGCUGAAGGUACUUCAUUGAGUAUGUAACUUCAACAUACACCAUGUGUGCGUAAAGGCGGGCUGGGGGAGGGCAUAACAUUAAUGUAUGGUUGAACCUUAAACAGAAGUUUGUGGUGCCUAUGUUUUUUGCUCAGACUUCUUUACAAAGCUGAUACUGCUUCACUUAAAUGGAAGAACUUUCCAAGGUGUCCCAUAUAUAUCUAUUUCUGGCUUAUAUAUAGGGUUCCGUUGUGCUGGACCAAAACCUGACCUGUCCAAUUCUGAUGCUUCCCUGAACUUACGGGGGAGGAUUCUCUUAGUGUAAGCUACUUCUGUUUACUUUUUUUUUUUUUUUUAGUAGCUUGUAUUUUAAAUCUGGCAUGGACAUAAUAAGCUGUAUUGUUGUCUUUUACUUUAUGCCUUCACAGUUCUCUCUCCUGUAUAAGUCAGUAUUUUCCAAACACCUGUCCAACAGGCUUAGAUACACUUAGACUCUUGAAUUAUUGAACAUUGAGGGUUUUUUUAAAAGAAAAAAUGUAGAAAGCAGUAGGUUUUUUCCCCCAGGUGGCACUGAUGCCCUUUGAAUGGUAGGAAAAUAACUUAGAAUACAUAAUUACAGAGAAAAAUAUGUUGUCUUUUUAGCUAGUGUAAUAAAUGGGACUUAAAACAUUUUUAGAGUCUUCAGGAGAGAUCUGCUUAAAUUAUUGCUGAGUGUUAGAUGCAAAUGUUAUAAUGCUUGUGCCUCAAAAACUGGAAUAAUUUGUUUUUGCUGAAGUUCCCCUAGCCUCUACCAGAUACAAGCUGGGAAAUGUUAUAAGGGUUUAUAUUUCCAUUACCUUAACAGAAACCUUUAAAGGUGAGAAAUUAAAUUCUCUAAGAUACUCCUGCACCUACUCUCCUGGUUUUGGACUUUGAACUUCUGCUUCCAGAAGCAAAGCAGCCUGAGCUCUGUACAACAGAGCUGCCAGAUCAGCUCACCAAAGCCCUUUGGAAGAGGAGGUGUAUUUUCCUUUUGCACAUUGAUCUCCAGCUGGUGGUGCCUGCUGCUUUUGGAGAGUUUGCUGAGUGUAAUCAAAAACUCAGACUGAUUUUUCAAAGAGAAACAUGUCACCCCUCAAUUUUAUGUUUAUUUUACCCCGGUACCAUACUUGCAGUAGAUGCAUUUACAUGAAAAAUGUAAGCCAGUUGUGAAUGUAUGCUGGAAUUUGGCCUUAAUUGAUUUUUGUCUCCUUACAAUACCUGCAAAAUGUAGGCCUCUGGUUUUGUCCUGGGCAGGUUUUAGUUUCUGUUACCUUAAAUGAAAAGCAAAACAUCUUCGUGUCAAAUUCCUGGGCCUGUAAUAGAUUUUGCUCCUCUAUUAUAAGAGGAGAGCUAUUGGCUGUGUAUUUACUAGGCAGCCCACCAGUAGAUGUUUGUCCAAGCCUUAGUUUUUGAAGGCUCACUACACUUUGUGCAGCUCCGUAUCCUCAGCUGAAGGAUGUGGGAGUUCAGUUACUCAUCCAAUGCAGCUAGCUUGUUUUGUUGAAAAUGAGCAAACCUUUCCAUUUUAUUCUCUCUUCCCACUACUCUUUAAAUUGCCGUGGUUAAGUCAACACGCUACUAAGUAUCUCAAUUGAUGCUGGAGAUCAUCUCUUCAACCCUGAAACUUUCAUUUUCCUCCUGAGGAGAGGGGAGGGAAAAAAAAAAAAAAGCCUGAAACCACGAAUGCGUUGCCUUUUUAGUUUUUCAGCACUUCUAGGUGGGUGUUCAGACACUUUCAGGAGCUGGCUGAAGAAACUGCAUAAAUAAAUCUUGUAUUCUCCAUCGGGAGUACAGCAAUUUUGCUUUACUUUUUUAGGAAAGUCCCACCAGUUCUCACAAGGUCUAGAGUUCUAAUCUUGAGGGUGAGAUAUACUGGAAAAGGAAGACAUAAUUUGUAAUUCUUUAUUUUGUAAGGUGUGACCGAUUUUUGUUUGCCUACCUACUUUGAGAAAUAAGGUGAAUGACAAAAUUGAGUUAAUUUAUUGCAUUGCAGUGUUUAUCUACUCGUGUUACGUCCUUGGGCUUUAAAAGUGUUUUUCCUUCUCCUUUCUUCCCCCAGCUGGAAUACCAGAGAACGCUUCUGCUUGCAGAGGCUUCCCCAUUGUCAGUGUGCGAGUUGUCUAGAGAGACACAAGCUGCUAUGAAUCUGAUUCCUAGAUUACUGAGAUAAAGGGAAUUGAGAGUUGGGGAAAACUAUUUCUCACAGCUGUAGAAGGCAGAAGUGAGAAACUGUUACCUCUGAAUAUAGAAAGCUGGUCUGUUUCUGCAAGAGAAGAACUCUCAAGUGGUGAGGAACAGAAUUACAGAAGGCUUUGAGUUUCAACCUUCUGAGAGACCAGCUGGCAUUUCAAGGACUUCUAAGCUAAUUUACAAAUCCAAAUGAGAAUCAUCAUGUUGUUAAGGUGUAAGCCAACCCUUAACAACAGUGACUCUCAGGAGAAAAAAAAAAAAGGAAGGUUUGUGUGGACAGUCUUACAAUACAGCUGUUACUCAUUUAUUGUGUUUUGUAAUUAAAAGUAUUUAUAAGUGUGUUCUGUUAGAACAUGCAAAUACCAUUUCCUUUCCUCAUCAGUUUAAAAGUUUGAACUUUAAUUAGAUGAGCACAGUACUACAACAUGAAGUUACUUACUGAAAGUAUUAAAAAAUCAUUAAAUGUACUCGCAUUGUCUUUCGUCGGUGAGCUGCUUCCCUAAAUUAAUGUAUUUUUUUCAGAAAUUUGGUUCCCCAUAAAAGAAACAAGUUUGGAUCCUAUGUUAGUGGCAUACGUCCCUUAUUUUGGAUACAUUAAGUAUUUUUGUGCAAAUGCAAAGACUACAACAGACUGUUCAGAGUUCCUGAAUUCCUCAGGAAACCUAUUGAAACCUGAUCUGAAAAAAAUCAUGAUCAAUACUACUUACUCUUAAAAAUUAAACAGAUUCGUUUAAAUGGUUAAUUUUCUGUUUUGGCCAUUGUUCUCAAAAUAAAUUUCAAUCAGAACUAUUUCUUGGUAGUACUGAAAUGAUACUUAUCUCCCUUUUUCUGCAGUUUGUCUCUGAUUUGAUUUUCGAGGCACUGUUUCUGUUGUAAGUAUUGAUCAGUAGCAACUUUCUAUUUUGCUAAUUCUCUCUUGUAUCCUCUACUGCCAUUUGAACCGCUAUGCAGAAAGUAACAUCAGACUCUCCACAGCCUCUGAGCACAAAUUUUUAUCUGGAAGUGAUACUAAUAUUACUUGUGCUUACUCUUUGCAUUUCCUGCUUAAUUAAGUUAUGCUGCAAUUACUGGAUCUCGAUCUGGAUGUCUGUGUAAUACUACUCUAAAACUGAAUUAGUCACUAGUUUGGUAGUUUGGCUUGAGCUUUUCUUUAUUUUUUAAGGAGGAAGUUAGCCUGAGAUUUACUGUUGUGUAUCAACUGCUGCUUCUGCAAGUUCAGUCUUCUGUCUCUGGGAAGGAUAGUCAGAGCUUCAGAAAACAAGUGCAAAUGCCCAUAGAGCCUGACAAAUUACUAGUGGUAACACUAUUUUCAAAGACUUCACAGGACUUCUAGAUCAUCAGUCUAUCAGAAAAAAACUUUAAUCUUGCAUUCAGUUUACUGUAAUUUCAGCCUCACUGAUUCUUAACAGAACAUCGUAGUCUUGGUCAGAAAAGGUGUAUUUGCUAGCUGCGCUGUCUAAUGGAUCCAACUUGUUCCAAGCAAUUUCAAAAUAAACGUAUCAGUGUCUUGCACUUCUUCAGAUAGCUGGAGAUAUUCGUAAGUCAUGGAUAUGUUUUAGCAGAACAUAGUUUUGUGCUGUUUAAUAGAAUUGGGUAUACAUGUAGGCAAAACUGAGUGGUUCUGCUUGAAAUUUUUGGCUUCUGAGAGAACACUGACUUAUAAAAGUUAAAUACAUCCCACUUUCAAGGCAUAUAAAAAAUCAGACAGAAAUGAAACAUAAGCAAAUUUGGGACGUGCAUUCUAUGCGAAGCACAAAGCAGCCAAAACUUAAGUCUUGUCUUGUUGCCUUCCAUGUUUGUUUGUGUGUUGUGUUUUUUUGUGUUUUUUGUUUUUUUUUUUUUGUCAUUUGAUGCUAAAAGCUUGUAUGAGAGUAGAUAAGCUGCUUCUGCUUUAGGAGUUAGAGUUAUGUCUAUUUCCCCUAACACACCUGUAAAUACUUGCUUCUGCUCUGAGUAGGGAGCGAAUCUUACCCCUAGCUCUUCAUGUCAGCUUAAAAGACAUCGCUAGUUUAAAGUCAGAGUUUAUUAAUGACACAUCUUCUUAGCUAUACAAAGCUGUUUGUGUCUAGAAACUUCUCACUUCCAAAUGAUAUGAAAUCAUGAAAUAAUAGUAAUACAUGCAGCUAUUUAACUUAAAGCUGUAAAGACAGCCUUCGGAGAUGUUGUCUUGUUAACCAUUUCAGCACCUGUAACACGUAAUUAACACUCCUUUCAAAAUUUUAUUCCAGGGCACGCUCUCAGUCAUGUUUUCUGUUGAAAACAAAAGGUUAAAUUUCCCUGUUAGCCAUACGUACCCUGAGAGCGUGGAGGCAACAGAACAAAGAAAGGUGACGGCCUUCCACUGUUUGAAAUCUUUAUCCUGGUAACACUCACAUGGUUGGUCAGAUGUAAAUUGAUCUUUCUGUGUGGCUUGGAAAAGAGAUGUAUGCAUUGAUCUGAGAGAUCUUGAGGGUUUCUUGUUUGUUUUUAAAUAACUUUUUCAAAUAUGGCAUAAGUAAAACCAAUAAAAUACCCAGUGAAUCAACAUAAGGUGCUCAACUUGCAAAAUAGUAACUGUUACUGAAAUGACAGUUCAUAGGUGAACCAAACUUACUUGCCUUUAUCAUGAAGGUUGUAUAGAUAGCUUCCUCUAAGUUAUUUUUGAAAUGUUUUGUGUUUUUUUUUUUAAACAUGACCUUAAUGUACAAAUUACUCUUCCAAAUACAUUCACACCAAAAUGUUUUUAAUGCUGUGGGCCUUGCAAGCAUUUUCAUUCAUGUUUGUUUUAAGGUGCUGCUAUACUUGAGUUCCUAAUAGAAGAGAUCUACUGUAAACAGACCUCCGUUGAUGAUUUCAUAUGAACACUAUGAGGAUAGGGUUGCUCGGUGGUAGCAAGCUGCUUCAAUGCAUGGUGCAGAUGUGCAUCUUCUGUUCCUUUUGUUACUGUCUUUUUUGUUUGUUUUCAUGGUUGAUGUGAAUCAAAAUGAGUGCUAGAAGGAUUUGCUGCUUAGAGCAUGAUUGCAUUUUCUUGUUUCAAUUGCCAUUGCUAUGCAAUGAACAGCAUCGAGGAACUACGUCGUUCAACUCUGCAUUGCCUCGCAGUCAGGGUGAUGUUAUGUUUGUCUCGUGUGCGACUCUUCCGCUUCACCGAAAAUGUAAUCCGACAGCCUGAAACAGUGGAAAUUCCCAAAGGAGCUGCUGAUCUCUAGUCAAACAACAAAAAUCCUUUCCAUCUGAUUCUUUUUCAUAUGCUGGCUUUUCAGGAGUAUCUUCAACAUAACUAGCGAUGGAAUAUAAUAGAUGGCUUGUGAUGAUGUAAACCGUGCAGCAUCCAUUUUACAACAAGUAAUGCUUUACAUGCAUGCUUCAAGCACUCGCAUGCAGAGCUAGACUGAUAAUAUUCUAUUUUACAGAUAUUUGCAAGUGCAUCUAUGAUAAAAAUAAAGCUAGAUAUGAAAAAUAGCCUUUAUUUGCAGCUUACAGAAUUCAAGAUUUGAUUAUGAUCUAAUUUAAACUUGUAACUGUUUGGAAUGGAUGAGUAAUAAGUCUCACGGGUGAGCCUUUCCCAAAGCAUGUGUGAGUUAAUACGUCUGGAAAAUGACCUUAAAAUGUUUUUUCUCAUCACUGGUGGGAUUUUGAUCUAGUGGACAAAUUUAGUUUUCAAGGGAUGUUGAUGUAUGAUUCUUGCUAUGUAAGCCAACAAACUUGCAACAAGCAGAGAAAAGCAAGUUUUCAUUUCCUAUACCUGUUUUACAAGUGACAAUCCCAAAGAAGGAAUGUUGUCCUAUGUGAAACAUUUAAGUAUAUUAAUGCAUGCAGAGAAAAUCCUGUGCCAAAAUACUGUUUCAUAUUUCCUGAUGUUGGAAACUGAAGUGUUACACAAAGCUACUAGUAAGUUAUUCACAAGUAUUGAAACAUUUUGUUCACAAAUGAAGCACUUAUUUAGUCCUGUAAAUUAUACAUAUUUUGGAAUAAAGUUAACUUCAACCAA